AUGGAGAGAAGAGGAGGAGGAGGAGAAGAAGAGGAGUUAAGCAAGUUCUUGGCUCAAUACGUUCAGAGACAACAGAUGAUCUGCCGCAACAACCAUACCAUUAACAAUAAUGGGAUUCAAAACCCUCUUUCCCUUGGAAACUUACCUGACCGGUCGCUUGAAUCUGCACUUUCUCGUCUAUCUCUUUCUUCGCCUCACCAAUCUCAAUUUUAUUCCCCUACUCCUCCUCCUUCCCUUGGUGGUGAUGUUUCUGGUGUUGUACCCUUACUCAAUAACCCUGCUGUUAUGAAUCCUUUUGUGGGUCAGGGUUUUCCAUCUUUGUCUUAUCAUCAUCGGUUGCAACAAACUGUUAUGGAUAUGGAGUUGCAGCGUUUAAGGGUCCAGAAGGAAGCUUUCGAGGCUGCGGUUUUGCGACUUCGUGCUGAGAAUUAUACAGUUCCUGGAUUAAAUCCUUUGGCUAUCGGUGACGAACCUCGUGGGGAAUUCUUUAAUGGUGCAGGGGGUUUGGUUUCCUCUGCUUCUGCUGCUGCUGCAUCUUGUUGUGGCAAAUCUUGCUGCCGUUACCAGCCCAGAAACAAUGGUCGCUUGCAGCGUCCAAUAUCUUGUUCCAGAGAGUACACUAAGCGUUCCCCGAUGAUGCCCUGUUUCAAUGGGAACGGUUUCCGCCUUGAUUCUGUUGGGCAUUGCAGAGUAGCUUCACCAGAUGGACAGCUCUUGGAAACGGAAAUUCCAAUCGCAUUGAGGUCCCCACUCUUCAAUCAGAGCCUACAGCAUAUACAGCAGCACCCAAACUACUCGUCUUUGGAAGAUUUGAGGGGCCAGAUGGUCGCAGUGGCCAAGGAUCAACAUGGGUGUCGAUUCUUGCAGAAGAAGUUCGAGGAGGGAACAAUGGAAGAGAUUGAGAUGAUUUUUGCUGAGGUUAAAGACCAUGUGGAUGAGUUAAUGGUCCAUCCUUUCGGGAAUUACCUUGUCCAGAAACUCUCGGAAACAUGUACUGAAAAACAGAAGAUGGAGAUUGUUCACACGAUCACCAAGGAGGAAUUCCAACUCGUCACUAUCUGUCUCGAUAUGCAUGGUACCCGUGCAGUUCAGAAAUUGUUGGAGCAUCUUGACACCUCAGAGCAAAUUUCCUCUGUUUUGUUGGCUUUGAGGCCGGGCACUGUCAUACUUACCAAGGACGUGAAUGGUCAUCAUGUCAUUCAGCAUUGCCUCCAGCGAUUCUCCAAUGAAGAUAAUAAAUAUCUUAUGAACACAAUAGCAGACCACUGUGUUGAGAUUGCCACGGACAGCAGCGGGUGUUGUGUAAUGCAGCAUUGUGUGAUGCAGGCCCAGGGAGACCCACGAGAGCACCUGCUGGCUGAAAUUAUAGCAAAUGCACUGGUCCUGGCACAAGAUCCUUAUGGAAACUAUGUUGUGCAGUAUAUAUUGGGUCUGAAGAUACCACAUGUCUUGGCUGCUGUAUCGAGACAACUUGAGGGGAGCUAUAUAUCCCUUUCUUUGCAGAAGUUCAGCAGUCACGUGGUAGAGAAGUGCUUGAGAGAAUCUGAAGUAGAGCAGUCCACAAGGAUUAUCAAGGAACUCCUCAGUAGUUCAAGAUUUGUUAGUCUUCUAGAGGAUGCUUAUGGAAACUAUGUUGUUCAGUCGGCUUUGUCAGUAUCAAAGGGGGAUACAUACAAAGCCAUAGUUGGACUAGUUCAGAAUCAUAUUCCAUCUUUGCGCAGCAAUCCUUAUGGGAAAAGGAUCUUGGAUAGGAUCAAUGCAAGGAGGUAAGUGGCAUGUGUAAACAUGUACAAUGUGGAGAGCUAG